AUGACACCAUUAGAUGCGCCCGGUGCGCCUGCUCCCAUAGCUGUGGUUGGCAUGGGCUGCAGGUUUGGCGGAGGCGCAACAGAUCCCCAGAAACUGUGGAAAUUGCUGGAGGAAGGAGGGAGCGCCUGGUCUAAGAUUCCUCCUUCACGAUUCAAUGUCGGCGGGGUCUACCACCCCAAUGGCCAGAGAGUAGGAUCGUGUAUGGACCCCCAGUACCGACUCAUACUUGAGGUCGUUUAUGAGGCUCUCGAAGCUGGUAUGUAUUAUAUUCCUUGGUUUCACACAUGGGUAUUAACUCUCCAUGGCUCCGCAGCGGGAAUUCCUCUCGAACAGGUCUCUGGCUCCAAGACUGGGGUCUUUGCAGGAACCAUGUAUCACGACUACCAAGGCUCCUUCCAGCGCCAACCAGAAGCUCUUCCACGGUAUUUCAUAACAGGAAAUGCUGGCACCAUGCUCGCGAAUCGCGUCUCCCACUUCUAUGACCUUCGUGGGCCCAGUGUGUCCAUCGACACUGCCUGUUCCACAACUUUAACAGCCUUGCAUCUUGCUAUUCAGAGCUUGCGAGCUGGUGAGUCUGAUAUGGCAAUUGUCGCUGGCGCGAACCUGCUACUUAAUCCUGACGUCUUUACUACCAUGUCCAACCUUGGCUUCCUUUCGCCCGAUGGGAUUUCCUACUCAUUUGAUUCGAGAGCGGAUGGCUAUGGUCGCGGAGAAGGAGUGGCUGCGAUCGUCUUGAAGACUCUGCCCCAUGCGGUGCGAGACGGAGACCCGAUCCGCCUCAUAGUGCGCGAAACGGCGAUAAACCAAGACGGCCGGACCCUGGCCAUCAGCACGCCGAGCGGCGAGGCACAAGAGCGCCUAAUCCGAGAUUGCUAUCAGAAGGCCCGGUUGGACCCAAAACAGACCUCGUACGUGGAGGCUCACGGGACGGGAACUGGAGCAGGAGAUCCGCUGGAGCUUGGAGUCAUCUCGGCCGCGUUUCCGAGACAGCAGAUACAGGUGGGCUCCGUGAAAGCCAAUAUCGGGCAUACAGAGGCUAUUCCACUGUCUAGCCAAUCAUGGAUACCAACCGAUGGUGUCUGUCGCGCAUCAAUAAACAACUUCGGUUUUGGAGGCGCAAAUGCUCAUGCAAUCGUGGAGCGGUAUGCCCCGUUUGCAGAAACAUCGAUGUGCUCACCUAAUGGCUAUCCUGGCAACUACGAUGGCCAUGUAGAAACGGAUCAAGCGCAUAUAUAUGUGUUGAGUGCCAAGGACGAGAACAGUUGCAUGCGAAUGGUUUCAAGGCUGUGCGAUUACGCUACCCACGCCAGAGAAGCCGACGAUUGGCAAUUGCUCGCGAAUAUGGCAUACACGCUUGGUUCUCGUCGCUCAAACUUCCGAUGGAAGGCAGUAUGUACGGCACACAACCUCACGAGUCUUGCCCAGAAUUUGGCGGGAGAUGGAAUGCGGCCAAGCAAGUCAGCCGAGCAAGUAAGACUGGGAUGGGUGUUCACGGGCCAGGGAGCGCAAUGGUUUGCAAUGGGUCAGGAACUCAGUCGCCCUGAAACGGAAAGUCGCGUUGAUCAGGCAGAAUUCAGUCUGCCAUUGUCUACGGCUCUUCAAAUUGCGCUUGUUCGUCUGCUCUGGUCGUGGAACAUCCAACCAGUAGCCGUCACUAGUCACUCCAGCGGAGAGGCAGCUGCAGCGUACGCUAUCGGGGCACUAACAGCCCGCUCGGCCAUUGGAAUAAGCUAUAUACGCGGUGCAUUGACAGCAAGAGACCGCCUGGCGUCGGUACAUAAGGGGGCCAUGUUGGCUGUCGGAUUGAGCCGCAGUGAAGUGGGUAUAUACAUCAGACAGGUUCCAUUACAGAGUGAAGAAUGCUUGGUGGUGGGGUGUAUCAACAGCCCGUCGAGUGUGACGGUCUCGGGAGAUUUGUCCGCCAUUGCCAAGUUGGAGGAAUUGCUCCAUGCUGAUCGUAUAUUCGCGAGACGGCUCAAAGUCACCCAAGCCUUUCACUCCAGCCACAUGAACUCGAUGACAGAUGCUUUCCGAGCCGGUCUUACAGAACUCUUCGGAGCAGACCCCAGUGAUGCAGCAAAUGCCAAUAAAGACGUGAUCUACGCUUCUCCCAGAACCGGGGACCGCAUGCACGACUUCAAUAGUCUUCGGGAUCCUAUGCACUGGGUCGAAUGCAUGCUUUACCCGGUUGAGUUCGAAUCAGCAUUCCGUCAAAUGUGCCUGGACGAAAACGACCACAUGCCAAAGGUCGAUAGGAUCAUUGAGAUUGGACCUCACGGGGCGCUUGGAGGCCCGAUCAAGCAGAUCAUGCAGCUUCCAGAGCUUGCCCCGUGUGACAUUCCUUAUCUGUCCUGUCUUUCUCGUGGGAAGAGCUCUCUGAGCACCCUUCGCCUUCUCGCAUCAGAACUUAUCCGGGCCGGAUUUCCUGUUGACUUGAAUGCGAUCAACUUUCCCCGCGGAUGUGAAGCAGCUCGGGUCCAAGUGUUGUCUGAUCUACCGCCCUAUCCUUGGAACCACGAGACCAGAUACUGGAAAGAGCCGCGCAUCAGUCAAUCUGCCCGGCAGCGGAAGGGCCCAGUCCACGAUCUGAUCGGAUUGCAAGAGCCGUUGAACCUGCCGUUGGCGCGGUCAUGGCACAAUGUGCUUCGAGUGUCAGAUUUGCCAUGGCUACGCGACCACGUCGUCGGCUCGCAUAUUGUUUUCCCUGGGGCUGGGUUCGUUUGUAUGGCAGUGAUAGGAAUCAGCACUCUUUGCUCAUCUGACCAUGAAUCUGCCGACUUCAGUUACAUCCUACGCGACGUGAACUUUGCGCAGGCCCUGAUUCUACCCGCGGACGGGGAAGAAGGAAUAGAUCUGCGCCUCACGAUUUGUGCACCCGAUCAGAGUCUGGGUUCACAAGACUGGCAAAGAUUCUUAGUCCAUUCGAUCACUGCUGACAAGAAUGACUGGACGGAACACUGUACGGGACUUGUUCGAGUAGAUAUGGACCAGCCUGCCUCCAGUUUGUCGAACCCACAACGGGCAGACCCACGGCCAUGGAGCCGUAAAACAGCGCCCCAGGACCUGUGGGACUCACUUCAUCGAGUGGGGAUUCGUCAUGGGCCCCUUUUUCAAAACAUUACGCGCAUUGAAAGUGACGGGCGAGAGUCAUGGUGUACAUUUGCCAUCGCGGAUACGGCCUCCGCAAUGCCACACGCCUACGAAUCCCAGCACAUUGUUCACCCAACCACGCUAGACUCUGCAAUUCAGGCAGCCUAUACUACUCUUCCAUUCGCUGGGAGCCGGAUCAAAUCUGCCAUGGUCCCCGCUCGCGUCGGCUGCAUGAAGAUUUCCUCCCGACUUGCAGAUUUGGAGGCCAGGGACAUGCUGCGCGCACAAGCGAAGAUGCACAGCCAAAGUCAUUGCGCGCUGGUAACCGAUGUAGCAGUUUUUGAUGAGGCAGAUCCGUUUGGAGGGCCUGUUAUGGAGCUCGAAGGGCUGGUCUUUCAGUCUCUGGGGGCAAGUCUGGGCACUUCUGGCCGGGACUCCACCGACACCGGGAAUACCUGCAGCUCCUGGCAUUGGGCUCCCGACAUCAGCCUAGUUAACCCCGUCUGGCUUGAGAGAACCCUGGACACAGGUAUUCAGAAGCACGAGAUCGGCGUCAUACUGGAGCUUCGACGGUGUUCGGUGCACUUCAUUCAAGAGGCCAUGGAAAGUUUGAGCGUAGGCGAUGUCGCGAGGCUGAGUGGUCACCUCGCCAAAUUCUAUGCGUGGAUGCAGGCUCAACUGGCGUGUGCCCAAAAUGGCGAGCUAGGGCCAGAGAGCUCCAGCUGGACUCGAGAUAACGAGCACGCAAGAUGCAGCCUCCGCUCUAGAGUGGUUGCUGGUAGCACCAACGGCGAAAUGAUCUGUCGCCUGGGCUCCGUGCUCCCCGCCAUCCUACGUCGGGAAGUUGAUCCGUUGGAGGUGAUGAUGGAUGGCCACCUGUUGUCCCGCUACUAUGUCGAUGCCCUCAAGUGGAGUCGGUCCAACGCGCAAGCCAGCGAGCUCGUGCGCCUCUGCUGCCACAAAAACCCGCGGGCUCGCAUACUGGAAAUCGGCGGAGGCACUGGGGGUUGCACCCAGCUGGUCGUGGACUCCUUGGGCCCAAAUCCGCCGGUAGGCCGCUAUGACUUUACUGACGUCUCUGCCGGCUUUUUUGAAGCAGCCCGCAAGCGGUUCGCGGGAUGGCAGGAUGUGAUGGAUUUUCGGAAGUUGGACAUCGAGGACGAUCCAGAAGCGCAGGGGUUUGUAUGCGGAUCCUACGACGUGGUGUUGGCUUGUCAGGUCCUGCAUGCCACUUCUAACAUGCAGCGCACAUUGACUAAUGUGCGCAAGCUGUUGAAGCCAGGAGGCAAACUCAUUCUUGUCGAAACCACCAGAGACGAGCUUGACUUGUUCUUCACUUUCGGGCUUCUGCCCGGCUGGUGGCUCAGCGAAGAACCAGAAAGACAGUCGACUCCGUCACUAAGCCCUACGAUGUGGCGCAGCAUGCUGCACGCUACUGGAUUCAAUGGUGUGGAAGUUGAGGCUCGUGACUGCGAUAGCGACGAGUUCUAUAUGAUUAGCACCAUGAUGUCCACGGCCGUACAGGCGACUCCGACGUCAUGCUCGGACAAAUUACCUGAAGUGCUCUUGGUCUAUGUUGACUCAUCUACGCCCAUGUCUUGGAUAUCAGAUUUGCAGGGAGCGAUUCGCUGCAGGAAUUGUUCCGUCACUUCGCUACAGGCACUUCGUCAAGUUCCUCCUACCGAGGGCCAAAUGUGCGUAUUCCUCGGAGAGAUGGAACACUCAAUGCUUGGUUCAGUCACCAACGACGACUUCACACUUUUGACCUCAAUGCUACAGCUGGCGGGGGGGGCUUUAUGGGUCACCCGAGGAGCGACAAUGAAGUCCGAUGACCCCCUGAAGGCUCUACACCUCGGACUACUACGUACCAUGCGUAAUGAAAGCCAUGGCAAGCGAUUUGUCUCACUUGACCUCGACCCUUCGCGUAAUCCAUGGACAGGCGAUUCGCGCGAUGCCAUUGUCAGUGUUCUGGAUUUGGUAAGCAUGUCAGAUGAAAAGGAGUUUGACUACGCAGAGCGGGGUGGAGUUAUCCAUGUUCCUCGGGCAUUUAGUGACUCCAUCAAUGGAGGCGAGGAAGACGGGUAUGCCUUGGAGCCAUUCCAGGACAGCCAGCAUCUCCUGCGACUCGAUAUACGGACUCCUGGGCUCCUCGAUUCCCUGUACUUCAGAAAGCGCAGUGUGGACCCAUAUGAACCAGAUAAAUUACCGGACGACUGGGUAGAGAUCGAACCGAGGGCGUUUGGUCUUAACUUCCGUGACAUCAUGGUCGCGAUGGGUCAAUUGGAAUCAAACGUCAUGGGCUUCGAAUGCGCCGGCGUGGUUACAAGUCUCAGCGAGACAGCAAGAACAAUUGCACCCGGUCUUGCGGUCGGAGAUCGGGUUUGCGCCCUCAUGAACGGACACUGGGCGUCGAGGGUGACCACAAGCCGGACCAACGUGGUGCGCAUUCCAGAGACUCUUAGUUUCCCGCAUGCUGCUUCCAUCCCUCUGGCCUUCACAACAGCCUACAUUUCACUUUACACCGUUGCCCGCAUUCUGCCAGGUGAGACGGUGUUGAUACAUGCCGGGGCAGGAGGCGUAGGCCAGGCGGCCAUUAUUCUUGCCCAAUUAACCGGUGCUGAAGUCUUUACAACUGCUGGUAGUGAGGCCAAGCGCAACCAUUUGAUCGAUAAAUUCCACCUCGACCCUGAUCAUGUCUUCUCGAGCAGGGACUCCAGCUUCGUCGACGGUAUCAAGACCCGCACGAGUGGCAAGGGGGUGGACGUGGUUUUAAACUCGCUAGCUGGGCCUCUCCUUCAGAAGAGCUUUGACUGUCUGGCUAGGUUUGGUCGGUUUGUGGAAAUCGGCAAGAAGGAUCUUGAGCAGAAUAGCCGACUCGACAUGUCGACGUUCGUCCGCAAUGUCUCCUUCUCCUCCGUUGAUAUUCUCUACUGGCAGCAAGCGAAGUCCGCUGAAAUCUUCCAGGCGUUGUCCGAGGUCAUCUUGCUGUGGGGGCGAACGGCAAUCGGCCUGAUUCAUCCAAUAUCAGAGUAUCCUAUGUCGGCCCUGGAGAAGGCCUUUCGCACUAUGCAGAGCGGCCAGCACGUUGGGAAGAUUGUUGUGACAGUAGCCCCCGAUGACGCGGUCCUUGUUCGUCAGGAACGAAUGCCACUAUUUCUGAAGCCUAACGUGUCGUAUCUUGUUGCUGGGGGGCUGGGUGGUAUCGGACGACGGAUCUGCGAGUGGCUGGUCGAUCGCGGGGCGCGAUAUCUCAUCAUUCUGUCUCGAACUGCUCGCGUGGACCCGGUCGUGACGAGUCUCCAAGAGCGGGGUUGCACCGUUUCUGUACAGGCGUGUGAUGUGGCCGAUAAAAGCCAGCUUGAAGCGGCUCUCCAACAGUGUCGGGCGGAGAACCUGCCUCCGAUUCGGGGCGUCAUCCAAGGGGCGAUGGUUCUCAAGGACGCCCUCGUCUCGCAAAUGACGGCGGACGGGUUCCAUGCCGCCCUGCGGCCCAAGGUUCAGGGAAGUUGGAAUCUGCACCGAAUUGCAUCGGACGUGGAUUUCUUCGUGAUGCUCUCAUCCUUGGUGGGUGUCAUGGGAGGCGCAGGGCAAGCCAACUACGCGGCUGCCGGAGCAUUUCAGGACGCGCUCGCCGAGCACCGCAUGGCUCACAACCAGCCAGCGGUCACCAUCGACCUCGGAAUGGUCCAGUCGAUUGGGUAUGUGGCAGAGACAGAUUCUGCUGUGGCGGAACGACUCCAACGGAUCGGCUAUCAACCCUUGCACGAAGAGGAGGUUCUGGCUGUCCUCGAGCAAGCUAUGUCUCCUGUGUGUUCCCCUACCGCACCCACACGGCCUGCUGUCAUCGUCACUGGCAUCAACACCCGCCCAGGCCCUCACUGGGCACACGCCGACUGGAUGCAAGAGGCUCGCUUCGCGGGGAUCAAGUAUCGUGAUCCGUUGAGGGACAAUAAUGGAGCUUUGCCGCUGACCCUGGCUGAAGAUGACAAUCUUCACGCCAGGCUGAACCGUGCAACCAGCCAACAGGCGUCCAUCGCUGUGAUUAUGGAGGCGAUGGGCCGCAAACUCAUUUCAAUGUUCGGCCUGACGGAUAGCGAGAUGUCCGCCACUCAGACAUUGGCGGGGAUCGGCGUGGACUCCCUGGUCGCCAUUGAGCUCCGGAACUGGAUCACAGCUCGAUUCAAUGUUGAUAUCUCGGUUUUCGAGUUGAUGGAGGGCCGAACGAUCGCCAAAGUCGCGGAGGUGGUGCUGCAGCGAUACAAACCUUAG